UUUAAGGUUCGCAACCACCUCACGGAUACAUUCGGCACUGUUCCGGAAACAGCUCGCUAUUAUAAAGCACAUGGAAAGAACUGGGUGGUAAUUGGAGAUGAGAACUAUGGAGAAGGAUCAAGUCGUGAGCAUGCCGCCCUCGAGCCGCGACACCUCGGAGGAAGAGCUAUCAUCACCAAAUCUUUCGCCAGAAUUCACGAGACGAAUUUGAAGAAGCAAGGAAUGCUCCCACUCACCUUUGCGAAUCCUGAUGACUAUGAUAAGAUAGAUUCCGGCGACAAAGUUUCGAUAGUUGGCUUGAAGGACUUUCACUCCAGGCGAACCGCUCAAGGCCAUAAUCAAAAAGGCAGAUGGCUCCAAGGUUUGUGGGAGGUUUCACUCAACCACACCUUCAACGAACAACAAAUCGAAUGGUUCAAGGCUGGAUCUGCUUUGAACAGAAUGAAGCAGGCAAUUGCUUCAAAGUAA